UGACUUACGCACAUCUACAAUUUAGAGCGAUCUGAAAAAGAUGAAGGCGACUAUUGCUUUGGUGGUAAUAUGCAGCUUCGCUACUGUGGCGGUAGCUCAGAAGAAUAACAAUUUCGAAACGGGUAGGAACACCAUCGUUCAUCUAUUCGAGUGGAAAUGGAGUGAUAUCGCCAGCGAGUGCGAAAAUUUCUUAGGCCCAAAAGGAUUUGCUGGAGUACAGAUUUCUCCACCAAAUGAAAACGAAGUCAUCGUCCAAAAUGGGGACCGACCAUGGUGGGAAAGAUACCAACCCGUCAGCUACCAACUGAACACUCGAUCUGGGGAUCAAUCAGCUUUAGCUGAUAUGAUCAGCAGAUGUAACGCCGUUGGAGUUAGAAUAUAUGUUGACGCUGUAUUCAACCACAUGGCUGCCAUUGGAGGUACAGGCACCGCAGGAAAUACAUGUGAUCCAGAUUCGAAAAGUUACCCAGGCGUGCCAUAUGGCUCUGACAAUUUCCAUACAACUUGUACUGUGAACAAUUACAAUGAUGCCGAGAACGUGAGAAACUGCGAACUCGUGGGUCUGAAAGAUUUGGACCAGAGUCAGGACUACGUUCGUCAAAAAAUUGUGGCGUUCUUGGACCAGUGCGUAGACUUGGGUGUAGCUGGUUUUAGAGUAGACGCUGCCAAACACAUGUGGCCUGCUGAUCUGCAAGCGAUCUAUGGCAGCGUUAAAGACUUGUCUACCGACCAUGGUUUUGCAUCUGGCACCCGACCAUUCUUCUUCCAAGAAGUCAUCGAUCUUGGUGGAGAGGCCAUAAGUAAGGACGAGUACACCGACUUCGGAACAGUUCUGGAAUUCAAAUACGGCACAGAAAUAGGAAACGCCUUCCAAGGUCAUAACGCCUUAAAAUACUUGAAAACCUGGGGUCCCCAAUGGGGCCUGCUGGAAGGCACCGACGCCGUGGUGUUCAUCGACAACCACGACAACCAAAGAACCGGUUCCAGUUCCAUCAUCACCUACAAGAAUCCGAAGCCAUACAAGAUGGCCAUCGCCUUCAUGUUGGCCCACCCAUACGGUACUACCAGGAUCAUGUCCAGUUACUCCUUCGAUUCUAACGACCAAGGACCACCGAACGACGGAAACGGAAAUAUCGCCGGACCGUCCUUCAACGAUGAUGGAUCCUGUGGCAACGGAUGGGUAUGUGAACACAGAUGGCGCCAGAUAUACAACAUGGUUCAAUUCAGGAACGCAGUUGGCACGACCGAGGUCACCAACUGGUGGGACAACGACGACAAUCAGAUCGCUUUUGGACGUGGUGACAAAGGUUUUGUGGCUUUCACCUUAAACGGAGACAUCAACCAGUCCCUGCCCACAUCUCUUCCAGCUGGUACAUAUUGUGACGUCAUUUCCGGAAGUUUGGACAAUGGCAGUUGUACUGGAAAAUCUGUUACUGUUGACGAUAGUGGCAACGCAGCUAUUUCACUUUCUUCUGGAGAGGAUGAUGGGGUUUUAGCUAUCCACGUUAACGCUAAAUUGUAAAAAAAUGAAUUUUGCUUAAAUAAAACAUUUGCAUUUGACUUUGA